AUAUUUGGUAAAACUGAUUUCGCAUUGGUUUGGGCAAAUGGCGAGUCCGAAAGUUCAAAAGCCAGACGAUUAUUAGAUGGAAACAAUCGCGGAAGAAAGCCAGACUUUCGAGUACUUUCAAAGAUAGAUGAUAUCAAUAGGGAGUUUUUAUUUGGCGAAAUAAAACCUCCGCACCAUAAGAAUCCUAUUAAUAAAAGUGUAAUAAAGCUGGCGGAGUUUAUGAAAGGAUCAUUAGACUUCAUCAUCAAUAGUUGUGGUUAUAUUGUCGGUCUAGAAACUUAUGGAAUAUUGAUUUAUG